AUGCGUGGGAGAGACCAUUCUCACCUCAGGUAUAAUUCCGUACUUAAUCAAGAUGAUUUUGAGGAGAUAGAAGAGAUAGGUCGAGGAUGUUUUGGUACUGUUCAUAGAAUUAGACGUAAGAGUGAUGGUAAGGUCUAUGUCUGGAAGAAGAUGUGUUAUGGAAACAUGUCUCAAUUAGAAAAAACUCAAAUUGUGACUGAGGUCAACGUUUUGAGGAAAUUAAACCAUAGGAACAUUACCAAGUAUAUUGAUAGAAUAGUGGACAGACAUAAACAAUAUAUCUACAUCAUAAUGGAACACUGCGAUCAAGGUGAUUUGGGGACUUUUUUAAAAAAGAGUUCUAGAAGAAAAUUGAGUGAUGCACGAACGAAACUGUCUGAAGUGUACUUAAGCGAAGAUGAUCUUAUCUCAAUAUUUGUUCAGUUAUUAGAUGCUUUGAACUACUGCCAUACAAGAAAUACAAAAGUCCUACACCGUGAUAUAAAACCUCAAAAUAUAUUUCUGAUAAUACCAGACGAAAUUUAUAGCAUAGAAGAUGUGAGAGAUUAUGAAGAUAAAUUGAGAAAAAACCAUACGACAGAUUUUGGAUUUCAUUCAUUUAAUGCUAUAGUUAAAUUGGGGGAUUUUGGACUAGCGAAAUGUCUAACUGCCCAACAAUUUGCUACAACCCAUGUUGGUACACCAUAUUAUAUGUCUCCAGAAGUUUUGAGUAAAGGAGAAUAUAAUGAAAAAAGUGAUAUUUGGUCUUUAGGAUGCUGUAUGUAUGAAAUUAUUACAGGAGAACCUCCAUUCUACGCAAAAAGCUAUGAGGAACUAAGAGAAUAUGUUAGCUAUGGACCCACUCCAACCUUGCCGAAUUACUAUUCUGGCGAAAUUGAAAAUGUGCUAAGUUUAAUGUUUGAAAGAGAUCCCGUAAAGCGUCCAUCAGCUUUACAACUACUUAAUCAUCCCUAUAUUCAAAAAAAGAGAUCAGAAUUUUAUUAUAAAUGGGAAUAUUUAUUUCUUUUACAUGAAUAUUAUAGAGUUGUUGAAUACAGUCACUUUCUUGAAUCUUAUGCAUUAUUUAAGGAUGAUUGUACAGAGUCAGAAAACUCGACUCUUGAUACCUCUAGAGAUUCAAGUAAAAGCGACCGUGAUGGUUCAAAAGAUAACUACUAUCCUACUGUAAAUCAAACUUCGUACAAGAUAUCAACUGCAGUUAGUAUCAAGAAUAUUAAAACAGAAAAUUCCAGUGAUUUCAGCAACUUAGAUGUGAAGAUAUCCUCUCGCCCGAACACAUCCCAAUACUUCACUUCAAAUAAUAUUAUUACUACCCCUCAACGUACGAUCAGUUCUAAAUUUGAAAAAUCUCCAAAAACCUUGCCUUGUAGAUACAAUAGUAGAUAUUUAAAGAACUACUUAAGUUUUAAUAAUGAUAUAAAUGAUAAUUUGAAAUACCCUGAAAGUUCUCCAAUACGUGGAUUGCUUCCUAAAACCAAAUAUUCCUAUAACUCAGAAAAUAAUAGAACUGAAAAUUUGAUCAUUCAAUCAGAACGACGUUUAUCAAUGUGGGUAGAGAGAUUUAAUUCCAGAAGUAGGAAAUACUAA